AUGACAAUGGAGGUAACUAUUCACUGCGGCGGCUUUGUUUUGAAUGCUGCCCUCAACAAUCGUGUGCACCCUCGAAAUGGUGCAGUUUCAUCCGACGAGGAACUGAAUGGAGGCGAUGAGAUAUUACAGGACGGGAAACAAAUAUGCGAAGAUCGUGAUCUCAAGGACAGACUGCUGCGUAAAUUCGGGAGCCGUAUAAGUUCUUUAAAGCUGGAGUUUUCAAAGAAGAAAAAGAAAGGAAAGCUACCAAAAGAAGCAAGACAAGCUCUUCUUGAUUGGUGGAAUGUUCAUUAUAAGUGGCCUUACCCUACUGAAGGGGAUAAGAUAGCUUUAGCUGAUGCAACGGGUUUAGACCAGAAACAGAUCAACAAUUGGUUUAUAAACCAAAGAAAACGUCAUUGGAAGCCGUCAGAGAACAUGCCUUUUGCGAUGAUGGACGACUCUAGUGGAUCAUUCUUUACCGAGGAAUGA